AUGAUGGCUGUGAUGCUCUUCAUGGCCAUCACUUCCACUGGCUCAGCAGAAGGCAUUGCAGUGUCUUCUCUAGUGACUUAUGACAUUUAUAAGACUUACUUGAACCCCCAGUGCACAGGAAAGCAAGCUCUCCUGAUUUCCAAGAUUGUUGUGGUUGUGUUCGGUCUUUUGAUGGGUGGUCUUGGGGUGGCCUUGAACUACAUGGGCUUGAACCUGGGUUGGGUCUACAAAUUCAUGGGCAACGCAAUUGGUUCUGCAGUGGUUCCUUUUUGGAAUCUGCUGAUGUGGAAGAAAGCUAACGCAAGAGGAGCCAUUGUGGCCGCUUGGGGUGGAAUGAUUUUGGCUUUGGCCACUUGGUUGGCCGUUUGCCAGGUAGAGUUCGGCGAAAUCACGAUUGACAACCUUGGCACCCUGAACCCAAACUUGGCUGGAAAUGUUGUGGCCUUGGCAUCUUCUGCCAUAAUCCACGCUGCCUUCUCAUUCGUCAGCCCGCAAAACUACGAUUUCGAUUCUAUGGGCGAGAUCGAAAUGUUGGAACAUGACAUGAGCGGCCUUGACGAGCAGGAUUAUACCACUGAGUUCUUGGAUGCUGCCAAGUGGUGGAUUCAGAAGUGGGGCUGGGGCUUCACGAUCCUCAUGGUUCUGAUUUGGCCCUUGCUUUCCCUGCCGGCUGGCGUGUUCACGAAGGACUACUUUUCAUUCUGGGUAUUCAUAAGCAUUGCUUGGAGCUUCGUGGCCACAUUCGUGAUCAUCGUUCUGCCUAUACAGGAGUCCAUGGAUUCUAUCCUGGGCGUUUGCUGCUGGAUGUUUGGGAAAGAAGCGCCCAAGGCAGAGAAGACUGCCGAGCCUACAGGUGCUGACUUGUGA